UUAAUUUCCAACCCGGCAUCAAUGGCCCACAUUACGCCCCCCCCCCCCUCUUAAAUUUCGUCCGAUAUAGUUAAAAAUUUUACCAGAGGUACUUCAAGAUCAUAGCGCAAAGGUAUAAUUUUGGAAUUUUAUUUUCGACCUUUCUUUACCGAAUUAAAAUUUAAAAACUUGAUUUUUGAAAGUUUUUCGGUAUUUUUCCUUGUUAUUGACACUUGUUAUUCCCAGAAUAAUUCUAAUUACGAAUAUUUGAUUAACUUUUAUUUAUUAAUUUAGAACAUUUACAUCAUUUGAUGAAUGAUUCAACAAAGAAUCUUGAAAAAUGUCGUACAGAAAUGAUUCAUUCAAUGAAUGAAAUUGAUCGUUUAACGAUUGAAUUAGAUUCUGGAAUAAAAGCACGACUUAAAGUUGAACAUGAAAAAUGCACAUUAAAAGAGAAAAUUUUAUUUUUAUCAACAAUACAUAAAGAAGAAAUAAAUGAAUUAAAAUUAUUAUCAUCAAUUCAUAUUGAUAUUGAUUUAACAACAUUUUAUAAAAAUGAAUUAAAAGAUGCUACAAGAAAAAUACGUGAUGAUUUUAAUAAAUUAGCACAUUUUCAACAAAAUCAAUUAAAAAAUUAUUAUAGUAUUAAAGUAGAAGAACUUGUACAGCAAUCUCAACAACAACAAAAACAAAUUAAAGAUGAAACUAAAAAUUCUAAUAAAUCAAUAAUAACUAUGAAAGAAACAAUUACAGAAAGAAGAAAACAAUUAAAUAUAUUAGAAAAUGAGAAUAAAAAUUCUUUAGCUCGAAUAAAUGAAUUAGAAAUCAUAUUUCAAUCAUUAAAACAACAAAAUACCGAUGAAAUUAAUCAACAUGAACGUGAAUUAGAUAAAUUACGUCGAACAUUAACUUCUUUAACAACAUCGAAUGAUGAAAUUAAAUGCAAUAAAACAACAUUAGAAUAUGAAAUAAAUAUUUAUAGACGUUUAUUAGAAAUACACGAUACAAAUACACAGACAACUAUCCAGACAUAUAGACAUGUUAAAUCAAUACCAAUUAUUAGAAUAGAUGAUUCGGAUAUAGUACAAUAUAGUGAAAGUGAAUCACAUUAUAUAAUAAAAUUUCAACGUACUUCUAAAGGAUCAAUUACCAUUGAUGAAUGUUCACUCUAUGGUAAAUAUAUACAAUUAGCUAAUACAUCGAAUACCAAAGAUAUUAGUUUAAGUAAUUGGCAAAUUUUACGUAUUAUUGAUCAUCAACAAGAAAUUAUUUAUUCAUUACCAAAAUAUUUUGUAUUAAAAUAUGGUAAAAAAGUAAAAAUUUAUGCAAGAAUACAAGAUAAUGAUAGUUUACCAAAUGAUUUAGUUAAUAUUACAAUUGAUUCAUGGGGUCUUGGAUCACAUAUUAUUACAAGAUUAUUGGAUGAAAAAAAUGAUGAACGAGCAACACAUGUACAAAAAUGUAUUUAUCCUUAA